UCUACUGUGUGUCUAUUCAGUGUGUGUGUUCAGUGUGUGUGUGUGUGUCAGUGUGUGUGUGUAUCAGAGACUACACUGGAUUGAUCUGAGCUGUUGGGUUCCUGCUGAAACUCUUCAGGAUGAAGUUAUUUCUGAUCUUGUUCACACUGAUGUGUGUGAAGGACACUGGAGCUCAGAGUAAACACACUCAAAUUGAACUGAUCGAAUGCUCAGACACGGAUAAAGAGUAUAUGAUAGGGACCGAUGGAGAAGAGCAGUUUUAUGUAGAUUUUGAGAAGAAGGAGGGGGUGGUCAUGCUGCCGUUCGCUGAUCCGAUCAGUUACCCCGGACAGUACGCGUUCGCCGAGGCUAAUAUGCCCAUCUGCAAACAAAACUUAGACGUGUGGAAACAAGACUUUAAAGAUCAGCCGGUGCCAAAGGAUCCCCCACAAAGCUCCAUCUAUCCCAAGCAAAAGAUGCAGUUGGGGUCACAGAAUCUGCUCGUCUGUCACUUCACACGAUUUUUCCCUCCACAUGUGACUGUACGAUGGACCAAAAACAACGUGGAUGUGACAGAGAGCUCCACACUCAGUCGUUACUACCCUAAUGAAGACAACACCUACAACCAGUUCUCCCACCUGCUCUUCACUCCACAGGAGGGAGAUGUUUACACCUGCACUGUGGAGCACGAGGCGCUGCAGAACCCUGACACCAAGACAUGGGAGGUGGAUGUUGAGCUUCCCAGUGUAGGUCCUGCUGUGUUUUGUGGAGUGGGUCUGGCUGUGGGUCUGCUGGGAGUCGCUACUGGAACUUUCUUCCUGGUUAAAGGAAACCAGUGUAACUGAUACUACAGCCACACGUCAAGAGUUCAAAGAGUUUCAGAUGCCUACCAUAAAGUCUCUUUACUUUUUAAAGGAAUCUGUACAUCCACUCAAGUUAAAUUACCUGUUUAAAACAAUUAAAUAUCUUAUUUUAUUUUUUUGUUGUUUUACUGUUCACCUGCUGUUAAAUUUCUCUACUGUAUAAAUCUGUACAUCUUUCAUUUCCAGUGUAUAUCAUUCCUAAUUAAUGCUACAAGAGAAAAAGCAAAUGAAAUUAAAUUGAGUGCCUGCAAAAAAAUACGAAAUAAACUGAAUUUACACAUAA